AUGUCUAACGGUUGGGAUCGAGAUUUUGGUCGAUUUGAAUCAUCCGUCUCCAAUUUAUUCAAUGACUUCUUUAAAGACCUCAACACGGCUAGGCGUACUGGUGGAUUGACUAACAGAGGCAAUCAUACGUCGUGGGUGCCUCUUAUCGAUGUUCGUGAGAAUGAAAAAGAAUUUGUUGUUGAUACCGAAUUGCCUGGCGUUAGCAAAGAACAAAUCAAUGUCGACAUUCGAGACAAUGUUCUAUACAUCUCGGGUGAAACCAAACCAGAUGAAAAAUAUAAAGACUGUAGUACACAUCUUCAAGAACGACAUUAUGGUUUGUUCUCUCGUGCUAUUUCUCUUCCCCCGUACGUCAAGACCAAUGAAAUCUCGGCAAAAUGUGAACACGGCGUUCUUGAGGUGAAGAUUCCAAAAGGCGAAGCGCCGG